CAUCGGCGACGCAACCUGGCAGGCGACAUUUGGAUUGCAUUGCAAGCGAUCGCUUCGACGAGAGGUUCGGUAUACCAGGCAAAGCGGUCAAGGCUGUAGCAAAGCCUUUUUAAAGACUGUUGCUCCUUGUCAUCAUCAUCACCACCACCAAUGUGUCGCGACUAGAUAGCGAUCAUACAGCACCAAAAAGGCAUCCACUCGCUCAUCCUCGCAAUCUCUCCGCGCCAUGCCAUCUGGGGUGCCUCCUUCCAAGUCGCCGCCCUCUUUCUCGAUACCCGGCGGAGACCAAGAUGACGACGAAGGUGAUUCCCCCCCUACGACCUCACCAUCAGCUUCGCAGCCCUCGGCUACUACUUCAACACGGCGACGAGACCCUCACCUUCACCUUCCCCACUUCACCUCGAUCACCUCGUCGACGAAGUCGGGCCAUGAAGGCGAUGAUGAGGACUCGCCUUCAUCCGACGACGAGGCCGCAAACAACUUCUAUUCAGCUCAUUCCGCACCUCAGACUCCCAACAUCUCCGAAACGGCACAACAGCUUCGACGAUCACUCUCCGUUCAUGGGCUACAUCAGCUCUCAUCGAUGCCACCUCAGCAGAUACGCAAAUCUGUGGGCAAUAAAGUAUGGAGACCCCACGAUGAGCAGGCACGUUUGCCCGGAGAUUGGGAGAGGUUGGCGGUUCACGUCUUCCGUGGUGGGCUGAGAGCAUUCAACCUUGCCUACGGGCUCAGGGCGACUCUCAUGCUUGUCCUCGCCCUCGUCAAGGGGCUGCGCAAGAGGACAGUACGCGGCAAGGAUCUCCGCGAAGCCUUCUUCUCUAUUCCAAACUUCCGAUUCGCAAUGAUGUUCGGCAUUUGGGCCGGACUGUACAAGACGGUACACAACUCUCUACGACUGCUCACUCCUUUGCCCCCGCCUACAACAAAGAGGAGCAGCAGAUCAGCCUCUACACCCGUGCCGGGGGAGAAGGCUGGUCAUGAUCACCGCCAUGAGCACCAACAACAGCAGCAACGCGCCGUCCCCAUCAGCACCGACCCAGUCCCAAACGCAACCGCUAUGGGAGCCGAUGAGAGUAAUGGCUCCACUCCGGCGGGCGGCCCAUCAGGCGUCAACACUCCUCGCUCAGGCUACCACCAGCUAGCAGGCAAGACGGACGAAGAGAAAGCCCACGUCAAGUCGCAGCAGAAACGUCGCGCCUUCAUGCGGGAUGACCCUCGCUCCAAAAUCUGGCACGCUUACCUCGCCGGCUGCGUUUCGUCCCUCGCCCUCCUCGCAGAGACGAAGCCUAACCGCAUCUCCCUCGCUCAACAGCUCUUUGUGCGCGGCCUCGAAGGUAGCUACAAUGUGGCUCAUGCAAAGGGAAAGGUCAACAUCCCUCACGGAGCCGUACUGGCUUUCGGUCUCGCCUGUGGGCAGAUCAUGUACGCCUGGCUAAACGCACCAGAGACGCUUCCCCGCGGGUACGUCAACUGGAUCACAAACGCGUCCAUGGUCACACCGAGAGUCACCGGAGUACAUCGAGACAUCGCGAGGGGAAACAAGCCCGAUGUGGAUAUGGUAAUCAAGUACUGGUUUCCGGAUGGCAAAUUGCCUGACCCCGUCAAGGUAUUGAGUGAUGGGACAGAGAAGUACGGCAACGUGCUGCCUACGGCUGGAAACCGACGAGGGAUGACGGCUAAGAAUGCCACAAAGAUGAUCGAGUGGAUCAAAAGAGUCAGAGCUGGGGGUAGCCCGGGGGACUAUGUGCCCUGUCAUCUCGUCCACCCAUGGGAAGACUCGCACCUCUUCUCCCCGCUCGAUCGCUUCGUUGAAGUGACGCGCUGGAUCUUGCCCGUCUACCUCACUCUGCACUUCGUCCCCGCCCUCUUCCUGCGUACGGGCUCCUUCCUCAAAUCACCGCUACGGGUACUAUUGCGCUCCAUCUUUGGGGCGGUCCGCAGUUCCUCCUUCUUGGGAGUCUUCGUCAUCAUCUUCCAGACCUUGUUCUGCUCGGCACAUCAGCUACACGAUCUCCUCGCCCGACCUGGCUCUGGCGCGCCUAAAUGGUUGCUCGACUUCCUCAGUGGGUCGACCCUGCACUGGCUGGCAGGCUUCGCAACCUGCGGCUCCCUCUUCGUCGACCAUGCGAGACGUCGAGCAGAGCUGGCGGCUUACGUCCUACCAAAAGGCAUGGAGAGUGCCUGGUCCGUUGCGAGGAAGCGUGGGUGGGCGCCCUUUGUGCCCGGUGGGGACUUGUUGCUAACAAGCGCGGGCAUGGGGCUGGUGAUGGGUACAUACGCGAGGAGUCCGGAGCAUUUGAGUGGGCUGGUGAGGAGGAUCGUAUAUCAAUUUAUUGGGAGGAAUUGAUGCGGUGAGGGAAUGGUAGACUAUUUGACGUGUUAAUGGCAUCGUGAUGAAUAGUGCAAAGGACGUGGAAAGGCGCGAUUGAUUGAUCAGACAAGCCAGCACGAAGUGAAAGCGUAGG